AUGAAGGAGGGCAAUUACCGUCAGGCCGAUUGUGGUGGUCGGGCAAGGGUCAAGUGGACACACAACAAUGACGAAGAGAAGUUUACUCCACUCAACGUCCCUAGGAGGACUCAUGGGCAUUCCACAGAAAAUUGUUUCGUCCUGGGGAGGCAGAUCGAGCGUUUGAUCAAGGAGGGGCGUUUGAAAAAGUUCGUGGCUAGGAAACAGGAAGAAGGUUCGUCGGAUAGGCGACAUAGGCGCGCACAGGACGAAACCAGGAGGGAUAGGCAUAGAGAGAGAACUCCCCCCAAGGACACUCCAGCAAGGUCAUUAGAGGCCCACCAGCAACCCAUCCAUGGGGAUUUCAAUACCAUCGCAGGGGGCUUCGCCGGCGGGAGAGCUACCUCAGCUGCCCGAAAGAGGUACACCUGCUCAGUCCUGAAAGUAUCAAAAUUUCGGCGCCCAUCCCAACCUGAGAUUUCGUUCUCGGACUCGGAUUAUGAGGGAGUAGCUCCUCACGAGGACGACCCCGUCGUCGUUUCGGCAAUUGUAAUGAGAUACAAUGUGAAACGUGUGUUGGUCGACCAGGGAAGUUCUGCGGACAUCUUAUUCUGGGAAGCUUUUGAGGGGAUGAAAAUACCUAAUGACCGACUCAUUCCUUAUGCAGGGACUCUAGUGGGUUUUGCAGGAGACCAGGUCAUCGCGAGGGGAUAUGCCGAUCUGGAGACGACGUUUGGCCAUGGAGCUCAGAUGAAAACAGUGGUUGUUCGGUAUUUGGUGGUCAACGCUCAGUCAUCCUACAACAUACUGAUCGGCAGACCGACCCUGAACAAACUGGGAGCGGGGUUGUCCACUUCCCACCUGAAGGUAAAGUAUCCGUUGCCGAACGGUGCUGUGGGGGUCCUUAGAGUGGAUCAGGAGGUUGCUCGUAAAUGCUAG